AUGCAAGAGGCCGACGCGUUGUUCAUGCGGAGCAAGGAGAUCGAGCAUUACACGGUGAACGAUAAGAAACUCACGCUUGGGUGGCAGCAUCCGGAAAACAAGGAGUACCUGAGGGAGCGUGCCGCUCACCCGGAGGCGAUUAAGGUCCUGCUCAAGGGGGUGCCGGUGGUGAUCUCACCGGCGAUGAUUCGCAAGAACCCGGUGACUGCGAUGUUGCUGAAGCGUGGUCGCACAUCGUUCCUGGAUGGGUCUGCUUUCCACCGCGUGCUGGAUCCGGUUUCGGGGUCGGACACUGACAAGAUUAAGGGCCUGGUUUUCAGGCACCCGGGGGAUAAGUGGUCGCAGCAGCAAACCUCCCGGCUCACCUCUGUAUCGUUCCCCCCCCGCGCAGCUGCUUCCAUGAAGCUGUCAUCGGCAAUGAAGACUCUGCUAGCAGACCCGGCGAUGGCUUUCAUCUCCACGGGAGGGGUGCGAGAGGAGUGGCUGUGUGCACAGGAGGACUGCGGGAAGGCCCAUGAUACCAGCUUCGAGAAGGCGGUGGAGCAUGUGCAGUCAGUCCGCCACGGCACCGGCCUACUCAAGGCGGGAGCGGCGACGCGUCUGAGCAAGGGGAAGCAGAACCUGGCGCAUGUCAAGAAGGAGUUCGGAUUGUGA